AUGGUUAAAUAAUUAUUCUAUUCAAAGUAUCUUUUAUUUACAAAGUGGAAAUCAUUCUCAUUUACUUUAAGAAUAAUAAAGACGAAGUGGGGCUGUAUGCUAAAGUGCAAGCGUCUUUUUUCAUCAUACGUUAGAAAAAAUUUACUAAAAUGGCUUGUAACAAUUUAUAAUUUGCGAAUGAAAAAUAUCGUUAUUGAGUCAUUUUUUCAGUAUUUAAUUUGUUUUCCAUCACGAUCAGUCAAAGGGUACUCUGGAACACGGGUUGCGAAGUGACCGCAAUCAUCGCACACGUUGAAAAUCGAGGUUAGGAGACGACGAAGUAUUUGCCCAACUUAACUGUAUUUUGAAGUGAACUUGGUCUUUAGACUUUAAGUGAAACGUUAAAAUAUAAGAAUUUCAUUUAAUUAAUUUAAACAUGUACGCUCAAGACGAUGCAAUGUUUCCCGAGUAUGAUCCUUAUGCCUAUCCAUCUUCACAUGACUAUGAUUUUCAUACAGGAGAUCCCCGACAAGACUUGGAGUAUGAGAGACAAUUUUCACAAAGUUACAAGGUGCCUGAAGGAGUCCGCAAUUUCCUGGUUUACUUGAGAAAGGCUAUUGGUGAAGGCAAUGUUUAUGAGAUUCAAGAUCUUUAUGAAAACAGCUAUGUUAAGCUGACUGAGAGGUACUUUAAAACUACUCCUUGGCCUGAAGUCAAAGAUGUUUCUCCAAUUGUACAAGAUGAUGAAAUAUUCCUGAUUCUUUACAAGGAAUUGUAUUAUCAUCAUUUGUAUGCUCGAGUUCAGGGUUGCUUGACUAUUGAUCAAAGAUUUGAAUCCUAUUACAACUACUGUGACUUAUUCAACUACAUUCUCAGUGCAGAAGGUCCUGUACCAUUAGAGCUUCCAAACCAGUGGCUUUGGGAAAUUAUUGAUGAAUUUAUAUACCAGUUUCAGUCUUUUAGCCACUAUCGCAGCAGGCUUAGUGAAAAAUCUGAAGAUGAAAUUGAACUCCUUCGCACAAGUCCCAAGAUUUGGAAUGUCCAUAGUGUCUUAAACGUUCUGCAUUCCUUAGUGGAUAAAUCAAACAUCAACCGACAGCUCGAAGUGUACACUAGUGGAGGUGAUCCAGACAGCGUGGCCGGUGAGUUUGGAAGACAUCCACUCUACAAGAUGCUUGGAUACUUCAGCUUGGUUGGCUUACUGCGUUUGCAUUCUCUACUUGGAGACUAUUAUCAAGCAAUUAAAGUUCUGGAAAAUAUUGAGCUGAACAAAAAGAGCCUUUACUCAAGAGUUCCUGCCUGUCAGAUUACCACCUACUACUAUGUUGGAUUUGCUUAUAUGAUGAUGCGUCGAUAUGCUGAUGCAAUACGCACGUUUGCUGAUAUCCUUUUGUAUGUUCAACGUACACGACAAAUGUUUCAGCAUAAGACGGCCCAGGCAGAAGAAAUCAGCAAACAGACUGAUCGGAUGUACCAUUUACUGGCCAUCUGUCUGGUUCUCCAUCCUCAACUUAUUGAUGAAAGUGUUCUCUCCCAGCUUAAAGAGAAACAUGGAGACAAGAUGCUACGCUUGCAAAAAGGAGAUCUGCAAGAAUUUGAGAACAGUUUUUCUUAUUCAAGUCCGAAGUUUUUGUCUCCUGUUCCCCCAGCUUAUGAUUCAAUUCCAACCAAUUAUCAUAAGCAGCCUUUCGUGCUUCAGUUGAAGGUGUUCAUGGACGAGGUGCAGCAACAACUCAUGUUACCUACCAUACGAAGUUAUUUGAAGCUGUAUACCACAAUGCCCAUUUCCAAAUUAGCUGCCUUUUUAGAUAUGGAUGAGGAUAAAUUUCGUACCCAUCUUCUGUGUUUUAAGGUAAGAGACAUGAUCCAUAUUGCUGACACAAAAGUGGCACGGCGCUAUGGGGAUUUCUUCAUUCGACAGAUUCACAGAUUUGAUGAGCUUUAUCGACAAAUCGCAGCCCUUCAACCAGUUUAAAGUGAAGGAAGAAAUGCCUGGAAAUGCCGAGGACCGUCAUCAGAAGGCACCACUUGUGAAGUAUACUUUGAGAGAGUUUCUGUUACAUGUAUACAGCCAUUUAUCAGCUUAAAAUAUACGUCUACAAAAUUUCUUAGGUUUUUUAGUACAUGUGUAAUUUAAGGAUUCAACUCAUUACUUUGGAGAAAACAAUAACAAUUGAGAAAGCAUAAAGAAAGUUAAUGAUAAACAUUUCAUCAAAGAUAUUAGGCCUUCUUCGUUAGAAAUUUGUAUAGUUAUUUCUACAUGUAGGUACUGACCUUUAGUAAUUAAAACUUAAACCAGAAAAAAUAUAAGUAAAAGACUUAAUCUGUUGUUGAGGUUUCAAAGUCAUCUUAAAAGAAAAAAUAUCUUGCUAUGCAUAUUUUAAGUUUUUUUUGUUUUUAUUAAGACCAAUAGUUAAAAAAAAAGCUAAAGAUCAAGUUUGUUUAUACUGUCUGAUGUGGUGCAUCUUGGUCAUGUAAACUUGAGGUGUAUAAUAAAUACACAUUUUUCUGGAGAA